UGUGGAGUUCUGACAUUUACCUACCUAGUCUCAAAGUCACGUGUUCCUCCACAGGCCUGGCUUCUCUGGACUGUGCUUCUGCAGUGGAGGGAACCCACAGAGGACUGACAAGUUCUUACAGUUCUAAAAUCAUGGCCCAUGAGUCCUUGGCAUUCAGGGAUGUGGCCAUAGAUCUUUCUCAAGAGGAGUGGGAGUGCCUGGACACUGCUCAGAGGGACUUGUACAGGGAGGUGAUGUUGGAAAACUACAGCAACCUCAUCUCUCUGGGAUGUAUCAUUCCUAAGCCAGAUGUGAUUGUUUUAUUGGAGCAAGAGAAAGAUCCUUGGCUGGAAACGAGGGAAGAAACAAGAAGGCGGUCCUCAGAUUUCACCAAGAAGUUAUUUCCAGAAAAGGAUGUUUGUGAAAAAUAUUUGUCUCAAUUUCAGACAGUGGAAAAAAGUGAAACCAACAAUGGGGAUACCAUUUUCAGAGAUGGAUUGCAGAACAAGCGUGAAUUUGAGAGAAAAGAGGAACAUCAGAUGGGAUACAUUAGUCAAAUGAUAAUCCAAAACCAAAUCUCUCUUCCUCUACAAGAGAAAAUUCAUCCUAGAGAGAAACCAUAUAAAUGUAAGGAAUGUAAGAAGGCCUUUAGACAACAGUCUUACCUUAUUCAACAUAUGAGAAUUCACACUGGUGAGAGACCUUAUAAAUGCAUGGAAUGUGGAAAGGCCUUCUGUCGAGUGGGAGACCUUAGAGUACACCAGACAAUCCAUGCUGGAGAGAGACCCUAUGAAUGUAAAGUAUGUGGGAAGGCCUUUAGACUUCACUAUCACCUUACUGAACAUCAGAGAAUACAUUCUGGUGUGAGACCCUAUGAGUGUAAGGAAUGUGGGAAGACCUUUAGUCGAGUUAGAGACCUCAGAGUACAUCAGACAAUUCAUGCUGGGGAGAAACCCUAUGAAUGUAAAGAAUGUGGGAAGACCUUUAGACUUAAUUAUCAACUUGGUGAACAUCAAAGAAUUCACACUGGUGAGAGGCCCUACGAAUGUAAGGUUUGUGGAAAGACCUUUAGGGUACAACGACAUAUCAGUCAACAUCAGAAAAUCCAUACGGGUGUAAAACCCUUUAAAUGUAAUGAAUGUGGGAAGGCCUUUAGUCAUAGUUCAUACCUUGUCCAACAUCAGAAAAUUCAUACUGGUGAGAAACCCUACAAAUGUAAGGAAUGUGGUAAGUCCUUCAGUUUUUAUGCAGAACGUACUCGACAUCAUAGAAUUCAUACUGGUGAGAAACCCUAUGCAUGUAAAGACUGUGGGAAAGCCUUUCGUCUUCGAACAGAACUUACUCGGCAUCACAGAACUCAUACUGGUGAGAAGCCCUAUGAAUGUAAAGAAUGUGGGAAGGGUUUUAUUUGUGGCUACCAACUUACUUUGCAUCUGAGAACUCAUACUGGUAAUGUUCCUUAUGAAUGUAAGGAAUGUGGGAAAACCUUCAGUAGCCGCUAUCAUCUUACUCAACAUUACAGAAUACAUACUGGUGAGAAACCCUUCCUGUGUAAGGAAUGUGGGAAAGCCUUUCGUCUUCAAGCUGAGCUUACCCGGCAUCUCAGGAUUCAUACUUGCAAGAAACCUUAUGAAUGUAAGGAAUGUGGGAAGGCUUUUAUUCGUAGCAGUCAACUUAUUUCACACCAGCGAAAUCACACUAAUGAGAAUACCUAUGAAUGUCAAGAAUGUGGGAAGAUUUGUAGUCGUCGUUAUAAUCUUAUUCAACAUUAUAAAAUUCAUACUGGUGAAAAACCCUAUGAAUGUAAAGAAUGUGGAAAGUCCUUUCGUUUUCAGACAGAACUUACUCAACAUCACAGAAUUCAUACUGGUGAAAAACCUUAUAAAUGCAAAGAAUGUGGGAAAGCCUUUAUUCGUAGCAAUCAUCUUACUCAACAUUACAGAAUUCAUACUGGUGAGAAACCUUACGAAUGUAAGGAGUGUGGGAAGACCUUUAGUCGUCACUAUCGUCUUACUCAACAUUACAGAAUCCACACUGGUGAGAAACCCUACGCCUGUAGUGAGUGUGGAAAUGCUUUUAUUUGUAGUUAUCAACUUACCUUACAUCAAAGGAUUCACUCUGGUGAGAUUCCAUAUGUAUGUAAGGAGUGCGGGAAGACCUUUAGUCGUCGGUACCAUCUUACUCAGCACUUCAGACUUCAUACUGGUGAGAAGCCUUAUGAGUGUAAGGAAUGUGGGAAUGCCUUUCGCCUUCAAGCAGAACUUACCCGACACUAUGCAGUUCAUACUGGAGAGAAACCUUAUAAAUGUAAGGAGUGUGGGAAGGCCUUUAAUGUCAAUUCAGAACUUACUCGACAUCACAGAAUUCACACUGGUGAAAAGCCUUAUAAGUGUGAAGAGUGUGGGAAGGCCUUUAUUCGUAGUGACCAGCUUACUUUACACCAGAGAAGUCAUACUAGUGAGGAAACACUAUGCAUGAUGUAGAGGAUACAAUGGGUUCUUGUAAAUGCCUUUUACAUCGAGGAUUCGUAAUGUAUUUUUACAUAUUAGGGAAUAUGUAGGAAUCACUUUUGCUUCAUAUUUACAAAUUAUUUUACAAUGUAGGUUUUUAAAGUUUAAAAACCAUAACAUCACUCAGUCUUGGUUCAGGUUUAGCAGAUUGAUUCUGGCACAGUGCAGCUCAAGCCAUUGAGAACUUUUUCCCCCUCACAAGCUGAUGUUGAGCAGUACUUCUGUAAAGUGCAAGAACAUUGGUUUACAGGGGGACGGGGAGGAAAUGGAAAGGAACACUAUAGAAGCUCCAUUUUUCUUAUUUAAAGCCAUAAAUCAUCUGUCAGAUUGCUAUAAAUUUCUAAACACCUGCUCCCACUGUCUGGCCCUUAACUCAUUGUAGGCCAGAAGCAAACAAUUCGUCCACAUGGUCCACACUUUUAGAACUAGAACAGAAGAUGAUUGUUGAUGAAAUGAGUGUAGGAAGAACUUCAGCCAUAGCACAUCAUUGUUCUAAGUCAUAAGUUCACUUCUGCCUGUGCAGAAGUUGGUAAGACUCUUCCCUUCUGUGCCUGUUUUAAAAUGGUAGUAAUAGUAUCUACCUAGUAGUAUUUUUGUGAGGAUGAAAUAAAAAUGGAAACUUUUAGAAGAGUA